ACGUUGUCGUUUGUUAAAUAAAUAAAAUAAAACUGUUUUCUUCUUCAUCUUCUUCGAUUACUCUUUUCCUGAUUCGUUUUUGGUUCAAACUCUGAACUUUCGUACUGAAACCCCAUUUUUAUACACACAAGCUUCAAGUCUCGCCUUCUUCCUCUCUCAGUUUGUGAUUUUUGAAAGUAUGGUAAAGGAGACUGCUUACUAUGAGAUAUUGGGUGUCAAUGUUGAUGCCUCCCCAGCUGAAAUCAAGAAAGCUUAUUAUCUCAAGGCAAGGAUAGUACACCCUGAUAAAAAUCAUGGAGACCCUAAAGCAGCUGAAAAGUUUCAGGCACUUGGUGAAGCUUAUCAAGUUUUAAGUGAUCCCGAGAAGCGUGAAUCAUAUGACAAACAUGGAAAGUCGGGAGUUGUAAAUGAAUCCAUGUUGGACCCUUCAGCGGUGUUCGGAAUGCUUUUUGGAAGUGAAUUAUUUGAAGACUAUGUUGGUCAACUUGCUUUGGCGUCUUUGGCAUCUAUUGAAGCUGAAGAAGAAUCUCAAGAUCCUGAAGUUCGACAGCAUAAAAUUCAGGAGAAAUUGAAAGCAUUUCAGAAGGAGAGAGAAGAAAAGCUUGUAACAGCUUUAAAAAAUCACCUUCAACCAUUUGUUGAUAAGCGUACUGACGAGUUCGUGGAAUGGGCAACUUCAGAAGCACGGCGUCUCUCAACAGCUGCUUUUGGUGAGGCAAUGCUGCAUACAAUUGGCUAUAUUUACACAAGGAAAGCUGCAAAAGAACUCGGAAAAGAUAAACGGUUCAUGAAGGUUCCCUUUCUGGCGGAAUGGGUGCGAGAUAAAGGACACCAGAUAAAGUCUCAAGUAAUGGCAGCUUCAGGUGCUGUAUCUUUAAUUCAAAUUCAGGAAGACAUGAAGAAGAUAAACCAAGGAGACAACAAAGAGGAGAACUUAAUGAAAGUAAUGGAAGAAAAAAAGGAUGUCAUGCUUAAUUCCCUAUGGCAAAUUAAUGUUGUUGAUAUCGAGUCAACUUUGUCUCGUGUCUGCAAUGCGGUCAUUCGAGACCCUACCGUACCUAAGGAGGUUCUGAAGCUUCGGGCCCAAGCACUGAAAAAAUUUGGGACAAUUUUCCAAGGUGCCAAAGCUCCUUACAGUAGAGACAACAGCCUUCGCCGAGAAACCGACAUUACAGUCAAUGUUGCUUCAUCAUCCUAGUCAUAUUCCGUAAAUGCAGGAGGACGACACACGCUUCGCGUGCAAACAAUUAUGUAGCAACUUUGGAAUAUUGUGUUUGGUUCAGCCUUGGCCUCUUUAGGAUUGUUGUUAUUAUCUAUAUUUUAAUGUGUGAUACUAUGCAACUACAAGUUUUUGAGUUCAUUGUAAUUUGUUGUACAUUGUACAAUUAAUUAAUUUUGUGAACAUAUUUAAGGA